CAGGCACUUGCAAGUUAUCGGUGGUAAAUUACACACACUUGCAUGCAUCCUUGUAGUAUUUCCCCCCCAAAUACAAGUAUAUCUUUUUUCUCGAUUGAUCAUUGCAUCAUGUAAAGUCCUAUUACAAAAACGUCGCUUCUUUUCACAAGGUUGUCAUUUCCUCCUGGACCUAACUAUUUAAAUGUACAUUAAGGUGAUUCGUAAAUAAGGCAUUACUGAAUACCUCAAUUUAUUCCUCGAUGAUCUCAAAUAACAAGCUCUCGUUACCCUUCUCAUCAAGUUUCUAACUGGACUGUUUCAGGGACACGGAUAUAUUUUGUAUGAUUCUUUUUUUGAUGGCGAGUUACGCUCAUUCAUUUGUUGUUGCUUUUUUAACCCCUUGUUAGACACGAUGGACUGCUUGAUGUGAAGAAUAGGCUACUGUUUUAUGGACAAAAAAACCGUUGAAGAAGCAAGAUAAUGGCAUACCACUUUUUAAAUCGUGUGUGCGGCUCACUUUACAUUAUGAAAUGUGUCGGGAUUCACUCUGGUGUGCAGUUAGAACGGAAAGAAUGAAGACUCCAAGUUCCCAGUGGAGGCAUGAUAUAGCAGUGUGGUGCUGUUGCUGAACUGCUCUCUCUGAUGGCUCUAUGGGAGUGGAUAACAUUGAGCCUCCAUUGCUGGGUUUUAGCUGCAGCCUUGGUUUCGGAUCAGCAUGCAAGCGGCCCCCUCGACUGGCUCCUUUCAGACAAGGGACCUUUCCAUCGCUCGCAAGAGUACACUGAUUUUGUGGAAAGGAACCGGCAGGGAUUCACUACCAGAUACAAGAUAUAUAGAGAAUUUGGUCGCUGGAAGGUAAAUGACCUAGCAUUUGAAAGAAGGGAUUCCCUUGGCUCACCUUUACCCCUUGCCCCUGAAUUCAUCAGGAACAUCAGACUGUUGGGACGCAGACCAAGCCUUCAACUGAUCACUGAAAAUCUUAUCAAGAAAUACGGGACCCAUUUCUUGCUGUCGGGGACAUUGGGAGGAGAAGAGGCACUGACCAUAUUUGUGGACCAGCGGAAACUGAGCAAAAAGUUGGAUGUGAGCGACUACAUGACGAAUAGCUCCUCAGUCUCACUGGAAACGCUACAUCAGCUAGCUGCCUCUUACUUCAUCGACAGGGAGAGCACACUUCGCAAGCUGCAUCACAUUCAGAUUGCUUCUACAGCUAUCAAGGUAACUGAAACUCGUACUGGUCCCCUUGGAUGCAGUAACUAUGACAACCUUGACUCUGUUAGCUCUGUUCUGGUUCAGAGUCCUGAAAACAAAGUCCAUUUGCAAGGUCUGCAGGUCAUUCUCCCAGACUAUCUGAAGGGACGCUUUGUGCAAGCUGCUCUCAGUUACAUUGCCUGUAACACAGAAGGUGGAUUUAUCUGUAAGGGCAAUGACUGCUGGUGCCAGUGUGACCACAGCUUCCCAGAAUGUAACUGUCCUUACAUGGACAUUCAAGCAAUGGAGGAAAGCUUGAUUCGAAUAAGUGAGGCUUGGACCACCCUCUACAAGGAGUUUGAAGAUGCAGAUGAGUUUAAAAUGUUUCUGAAAAGACUACCACAGAACUAUUUCCUGAACAUCUCAACGUUACAACAACUAUGGUCAAUGGACUCUGGCUUUCAGCGGCGGUAUGAUCUGCUUGAAAACAGCAUGAAAGCUCUCUACAGUAAGGCACAAAGAGUUGUCUACAAGCUUUUCGCUCUUAGUAAAAGGUGUCAGAAACAGCCCCAAGUCGCUCUGACAAGAGAGAGACCGCUGACCUAUUGGUUGAGAUAUAUUCAAUCAUUGCUUUACUGCACAGAGAACAACCAAGAGGGGUCGUUUUCUGAAGAAACUCACAGCUGCCUUUGUGCCUAUGAUCACAGUUCCUGUCAAGUAACCAUUCCAUGUGCAAUAGGAGAAGGGCAAGGCUGUGCAGCCUGUGCUUCUGACAACCACACCCGCUGUGGCAACUGCAACCCCGGGUAUAUGCUGAGCCAGGGGACCUGUAAACCUGAGGUGGCUGACUCUACAGAGAACUACCUUGGAUUCGAGACAGACCUGCAGGAUCUUGAAUUGAAAUACCUCUUGCAAAAAAACGACAGAAGACUUGAGGUCCAUGCCAUCUUUAUCAGCAAUGACAUGCGCCUCAACAGCUGGUUUGACCCUUCAUGGAGGAAACGCAUGCUCCUCACCCUCAAGAGCAACAAGUACAAGUCCAACCUUGUCCACAUGCUUUUGGGUAUAUCCAUUCAGAUUUGUCUCACGAAAAACAGCACUCUAGAGCCUGUGCUGGCUUUAUAUGUCAACCCUUUUGGAGGCAGUCACUCCGAGAGUUGGUUUAUGCCUGUUAAUGAGAACAGUUUUCCUGAUUGGGAACGGACUAAGAUUGAACCUCCCCUGGAGUGUUACAACUGGACCUUAACUCUAGGGAACAAGUGGAAAACGUUUUUUGAGACUGUUCACAUCUACUUGAGGAGUCGUAUCAAGGAACCUGGUGUUAAUGGCAAUGACAGCGUUUAUUAUGAACCGCUGGAGUUUAUGGAUUCAUCAAGGAACUUGGGCUACAUGAAAAUAAACAGCAUCCAGAUGUUCGGUUACAGCAUGCCCUUUGAUCCAGAAGCCAUUCGAGAUCUGAUUUUACAACUCGAUUACCCCUAUACUCAGGGAUCGCAGGAUUCUGCUCUGUCACAGCUGCUGGAGAUUCGAGACCGUGUAAAUAGACUGUCACCCCCUGGUCAGCAGAGCUUGGACCUCUUCUCUUGCCUGCUUCGUCACCGACUCAAACUGGCCACCAGUGAGGUGGUGCGGAUCCAUUCCUCUUUGCAGUCUUUCAAUGCCAGAAUGCCAAACUCUGUGAAUUACAAAACAACAAAAUUGUGUGGUUAACCUGACAGCCUGAUGUAAGAAACAUGAUGUCAAUGAAUGGAGACAGUCUGUAAAAAACAUAUAGAAAUAGUCCAGAUAACACCACUAAAUAUAGUGCUAAGUAAUAAAAAAAAAAAAGAGACCAAACAGUAACAACCACUUUUAAAUACAUUUGUUUAUACUUUUUUAUAUGUUCUGUUGCAACCAUGGUGAUAUGCUUUCCAUCAUAGGUGAAGACAUAAAGUGAUAUAAAUAAAGUUUUGUAGAUUAACUAUUAUUAAAAAAAAAAAAGUAAUGGUGUGAUUGUUUUUUGAGGAAAGGAUUUUACUGCAGUGAAUGAUAUAUAGAAUAAUAUUUUCUAUCCAUACAAAAACAUUAGGCACUCAGGUCAGAGAUUUAAUUAUUUAUUGUCAAGAUACCUACAGGAAGAUUUGAUUUGCUCAUUAAAUUAAAAUGUGUCUCCAGUGAAUUGUAACCUUAUUGUCCUGCAAACUCGUUUGAUUGUGUAUAGAAUUGUAUACAAAAUUAGUUAUUAGUUGGCAUUCCCCAGAUCAAUUGGUCAAGUGCAUCCCAUAUGAUCCUAAUUGGAUGGAGAUCUGGCAAUUGGCAUGGCCUGUAGGGCAUUUAAAAAGACCCUUACUGUGCUUUACAAAUCAAACAAACACCCUUGUUCAAUGAAUAUGGUCACUAUUGUAUUGAUAUCAGCAAUGACUUUGAAAAAAUGUACAGUGCAAUUCAGGCAGAAGUGAAUCUGCCAUGAUAUUCAGGCACGACUAGCCUAUAACUUUCGCCUAACAAAUACUUCUCACACCAUCUAACGCUGAUGUGCAAGGCUAUGCCAAAACAAAGGGUACUCAAUGUAAAAACAGUCCAAUAACAUUAUAGAGUACUGUAAUAUUAUUGUGAUACAAUUCCAUUUCAGACACCAAAGAUGCUUCAAUGUUAGUUUCACUUGAUCAGUGAGCCAUAUGCAUGAAUGGAUCAGCAACAGAGUGGGGCAACAGUCUACAAGAACAACGGGUUAGGGAAUUUUACAGUGGAGGUUUAUGUUAAAUGAAUUGCUUUACCAACCAAUAGAAUGUUAGAAGAAGCUGGGAAGAGGCCGUCACCCCAGCAACCAGUAGCACCACUCAGUCAGUCAGUUAAAAUGUGGUGAUGAAAACAAUAUGGCGGCUUAGCUUAGAAUUUACCAAAUGGUAAAUUGGAGGUGGCGUAUGGCGACAGCUCUGGGGUCUGUUGAGGAGUAACCUAUAAUUAUGAUGCUUAACAGCCUGCAAAUCAUUCUGGACCCAUAAAUGCACAGGUGUAAGUAUUGACCUGCAAAAACAGAUUGUGAUGACCUUCUGUUAUGUGACUGGAAAUUGCUCUGGUUUGGAUGGUCUUUUGUGUUAAAUCAAAUUCUAUGUAGAAUGGUAUUAAUUAAGAUAAACAAUGACUGCAACCUUUUUAAGCAGUCAGUUUUAAAAUCUGCAGCAGGAAUUAGAUCUGACCACAAGUUCUGUAUGUUUAAUGUGUAAAAUGAUGUUUCUGCUCGUAAUAAAGCUUCAUCUCAAAUCUGUAAUACAUUAAACAAAAAUAUAACACAUUUCCCAAAUAUAAACAUGCUGUAUAAAGAGAUUCAAAGUAAGUAUCAGUGUUAGCUUGUUGGGCCUGCAACAUUUUUAGGGGAAGGUACUGUACAGUAUGAUCUGUCAUUCUUGCCUCAAUAGCUAACCAACCAAGGCACAUAAAUAUAAACUGUGACCAUUUUGCAUUUGUUCAUUACAUUUCUGACAGAUUUGAUAGACCUAAAUAAUCACAUAUACAAGUCACAAGCACAUCUGAAUCCUGACCUAAUUGAAAUUGAAGAAGGAAUCUAUGAAAAAGACCUAGGAGUUUAUGUUGACUCAGAAAUGUCUUCAUCUAGACAAUGUGGGGAAGCUAUAAAAAAGGCCAACAAGAUGAUCGGAUAUAUUGUGAGAAGUGUUGAAUUUAAAUCAAGGGAAGUAAUGUUAAAACUUUACAAUGCAUUAGUAAGACCUCACCUAGAAUAUUGUGUUCAGUUCUGGUCACCUCGUUACAAAAUGGAUAUUGCUGCUCUAGAAAGAGUGCAAAGAAGAGCAACCAGAAUUAUCCCAGGUUUAACAGGCAUGUCGUAUGCAGACAGGCUAAAAGAAUUGAAUCUAUUCAGUCUUGAACAAAGAAGACUACGUGGUGAUCUGAUUCAAGCAUUCAAAAUUCUAAAAGGUAUAGACAAUGUCGACCCAGGGGACUUCUUUGACCUGAAAAAAGAAACAAGGACCAGGGGUCACAAAUGGAGAUUAAAUAAAGGGGCAUUCAGAACAGAAAAUAGGAGGCACUUUUUUACACAGAGAAUUGUGAGGGUAUGGAACCAACUCCCCAGUAAUGUUGUUGAAGCUGACACCCUGGGAUCCUUCAAGAAACUGCUUGAUGAGAUUCUGGGAUCAAUAAGCUACUAACAACCAAACGAGCAAGAUGGGCUGAAUGGCCUCCUCUCAUUUGUAAACUUUCUUAUGUUCUUAUGUAAAGUCACCACUGCUUUUCAGUUGUGGGAUUCCCUCAUGCAGGGGCUGAGAUGUGUACUAAACAUGUGAUGGUUUUGUGGUAUGAGCUAAUUUUGAGACCAAAACUAAAUACAUUUGUACUUGAAAGGCAAUUAAAUGAUCAUGCUUAAUCACCAAGCCCCCGGCUAAUAUUUAGACCAUAUGGAAGAGUGGGUUUGAGAAAAUAUAACAGUGAACAAGAAAAAACAGUCUUCAUCUAAUACAUCAACAUCUAGCAGCUAUAUUACCUGCAUUAAGAGCAAGAUUCCACAGAGAGAUCAAUACUAUUCUGGAAACUCUUCUCCUGCAAGAAAUUGUUGACUUGUGUCUGCCUCUUUCCUGCUGAUAUCAAUUUAGACUUAUUACACAAAGUAUGUUUUCUGCUUGAUACCGUUUAUAUAAACACAAAUCAAUUUAGAAUUGUACUUCCAAAGCUGAUGUACUACCAAAUUGCACCUUCCAGCCUUUUUAUUUUUAUUUUUUUCCCUACCAGAUGUACAGUAAGUGAUAUCAGAGAUCAAGGUUCAGGUUUUGAAGGCCCAUAGAGCUUAAUUUAAAAAAAAUACUGUCAAAGUGUCCAAUGGUACUUACGUUAUUAUCUUUGAGGCUGUUGAUAUCUGAUGCUAAACAAACCUGUAUUUUCAUUGGAAAAGCAUAUGUUCAUUUUGUGGGCAGAUAAUUCCCCAUCGGGAGGUACCUGUGAAAUGCAGGGUAUUUUACAGCAGAGAAAGCUCAAUGUUCUGCCCUAGCUUUCAUUUUCAUUUUAAUGAGCAUGCCUGGGUUAAGAUGAAGACUUCAAAACCCCCAAUGAUGAUGUAGCCACUGUGUUGAAUGUGAAGUAUAAACGUUCCACAAACAUUUUUUUUCCAAAGAUUGAUUGAUUCCAUGAGCAGUUAAAUUGCCGCUUUCAAUAUUAAAUUUCAGUGUAUUUAAAUAAUUUUACUGCUGUAAAACUGGAGCCCAGGUGUCUGACAGGACGUGCGCUAUAAGGUAUGAUCCAGUGCAAGAAAUGUUUAUCACUGCAAAUACAUACAGAUAACAAACCUGAUGUCUGUUUUAAUGUCGAGUAUUUUAGUGUGAAAGGAUAUUCUCCAGUUUUUUUCUUCCAUCAGGCCUUAACUUCACAACAGCAUUUUUUUGACAUCUAUUUAUUCAACUCUUGCUUGUCUCAUCUACAUUUAUAUAGUGAGUGGGGGCUUGCAGAUUUGAAUAGUCAGUGUCACAUGAUUUGAAUGGAAUGAGUAAGGCUGUUGAUCCCCAAUACGUAUUCAAAGCCAGGUAAAGGCAGAUUUACAUAAAAAUGAAAAUCCAGUACAGAAGCAACUGAACCCAGAGCCACACAGAAUGAUUUAAAACACUAUUCAAAAGUUACUGACUCUUUAAAGAUCUUAAUUCAGUUGCAUUUUUCAUAAUCUCUCAUUUAUAUUUGGCCAAGCUUUACUGGCCCAUAAUUUACAAAGACAUUUUAUUGUCUCUUCAUCGUAAGAAAUUGAUUCCAGUACUACAGUUUAGUGAUGAAGGAAAUAAGAAACAUGAAAGCUGUUUAUGGAUUAUUUUUUAUAGGUGGGAUUUAAUGUAACAAUCACUUUUAAAUUAUUGAAGGUCUGACAGUUCCAAUAUGCAUGGGGUUGAAUAUCUGCAAUAUAUUAUAGAUAGUGCUGUCGAAUUUCAGUAACGUUUUAUUAUUUUGACACCCACCCAAAUACACUGCAGA